GAAUGGUCGAUUGAGCGGAUAUGCCUCUCGUUGCAAAUGAAAGGUCCGAUUGUGCUCUCUGAUGAUGGCACCAACUCCGGCGGUCUCGAUCAACUUCUCUUCUUCGUUGCUCCCAUCGCAUCCUCUGCUCACGCUUCCAUGCCAGGCUCUUGGUUUUCGUGAUUUAUUUAACGGUCGCUUCAAAUGGCCGAGACCAACGAUUUCACGUAUUGAAAGGAAGGAGGGGAGUUUUGGCGAUCCUGUAACUCGCAAGCAUUUCAUUUUGAUCUCUUUGGUUGCAUUUGGCUGUUAUGGGGAAUCCCCUGCUUCUGGGAAGGUGAAGAAGACUUCUUACGACGGGAAGCGGUUGCUGGAGCAGAAUAGGAAGAUACAAGCGGCAAACAAUGCGCCUAAAGGCUUUCCUAACUUCGUCAGAGAAGGAUUUCAGGUCAAAGUUGUGACCCCUGAGCAAUAUGUAACAACUGACUCGGGGUUGAUUUACUUGGACAUUGUGGUUGGACAGGGUGAUUGCCCGAAGCUCGGCCAGCAGGUGAUAUUUCAUUACAUUGGCUAUAAUGAAUCAGGUCGACGGAUUGAUAGCACUUAUGCCCAGGGGUCUCCUGCCAGGAUCCGGUUAGGCACUAAUGCCCUUGUUCCAGGGUUUGAGGAAGGUCUGAAAGAGAUGAGGCCUGGUGGUAAGCGAAGGUUAAUCAUCCCUCCAGAGCUCGGUCCUCCUGUUGGUCCUUCUACAUUCUUUAGUUCUAAACAGUUCGAGGUAUUCGAUGUCGAGCUCCUUAGCGUGCAGAACUGUCAACGGCGGACUAUAGGAUUUUACUCAGACCUUGUAUGCAACUAAGGUUACAGGCUUGACGGAGCUACAAAUCUGCAGUUAGGAAUCAGGAUGUGCACAAGAAGGUUUAAAGGAUAGAUUUUACGUAAAUCACGAAGAUGGUACUUUCUCGGCUGAGCUUAAAAAAGAUUCAUGGAGGACACUCGUUCUGCAAACUAGAAGAUACCGUCACUGAAGGAUUUCAUCAUGUUCUGGAAGUACAAGCUUUAACUGAUUUGUCUAGCCAUACCAGUGGUUUUCAUUGAGAAAGUGGCCACAGAACUCGCAUCAUUUUCCUAUGUUUCUAUCCAGAGUUAAUGACUCUUCGCAAACUAAUAAAAAUUUUUCAUGGACCUUUUUUGAAUUGAGAGAAA